GAAGAAAGAGGAGGAAAGCAUGCCUUUACAGAGGAGUGCCAGCGUCCGGAUGGCCUCCAAGACAUUUGAACCCAGUAGCUCGGACCAAACUGAGGAGCAGGACAAAGCAUCACCUUUCCAAAGGAAUUCCAAACAGAGGGUGUCAUCCCGUUCCAUCCAGGAGAAGAUGGAGAGACUGGCCCAUGCAGCUCAGAAGUCUGAGUCUCUGCGUUCUCCCGACCAUGCCCAGAGGACCCUGUUCCUGCUGGAUGAGGUUUCGAAGAAGAGAUGCCUAUUUGAAAAGGAUCAGGCAGCAGCUCCAUGCAGCCCUGGGGUCCUCAGACAGGAAACUCGCAGAUUCGCAUCUGGGAUCUCCGACCGCAUCAACCGCUGGGUCAGCAAGAAUAACAGACCUGGCGGCUCUGCCCACAAACCCAUGGAUCUGCAUCAUGUUGAUAUCCCCAGUAAGCGGAGUGCGUUUGAGAGUGCCGGGGAGGACAGCUCUCCUAACCCAAACCCCCACACCAAGGUCGAUAAGUGAAGAAGGACUCAAUGUUAACCUUAGUUUUACAGUUCAAAGUGCAUACAGACUGACGUAGGGAGAAAGAAAGAUGUGGAGGAGGGGAGGAAGAGAGGAAAGGAGAGGUUAGCGGCAGGUGAUUAUUUUAACACUUUUAAAGGUAACUUACCCUAACCUGAUUCAGGGAAUUUUGGGAUUGUAAUUGUAAUAAGGUGAAUCUUUCUGUACUGCCUAAAAUGACUCUACUAGCUAUGCCAAUGCUCUCUUAACCUUAAUCUGUUUCAAAUCUAACCCUAAUCCUACCAUAUUUAAUCCCAUAACCCCUGACCCCUAACCCUAACCCCUAAACAUAACUCCUAAGAAUAUGUCUAACC